UCCGUCGAAAAAACUGCCGCUUUAUUAUUUUCAUUUUCAUUUUCGGAAGCCGUUUUUACCUUUCCUCCGAGUAGCCGCUGCCGCCGCCGCUGACAGGGUAGAACCACCGCAUCCGCGAUGUUCUCGUGGAUCCUCCGUGGCUGCCGCGACGAGUGCUCAGCCACUGACCAGCUCAAGCAGGCUCGUGAUGUCUUUGUGGCAAAAGAGGCAGUCUUGCAAAAGAAGAUAUCACAAGAGAUGGAACGUGCCAAGGAGUUCACAAAAUCAGGAAACAAGCAAGCAGCAAUGCAGUGUUUGAAGAGGAAAAGGUACUACGAGAGCCAAAUGAACCAGGUUGGAAGUGUCCGGUUACGCAUUGAUACCAAGGAAAAGAUGAUCGCUGAUAACAUGGUGAACAAAUAAGACAAAGUGGAAGACAAGCUAUUUUCAAUCUGAGCAGCCACCUUAACAUCUGUAACAGCAAGGAAGGAAUGGUGGCGACUUUUUAAGAUAUCUGUCAUUUGUAUAUAUAGUGAUAGCCUUGUUUGUUUUCUUUUGUCAUCGUUGGUGAACACUCUGCAGUGAUCAUAGUAACUUCCCAGUCUCUUUUUGC